UUUCAGUUCAGUGGUCGUGAAAAGAGUUUGCUCAAACUAUAUCUUCGAGAUUAGAGUAAACAAACAUUCUGGACGAUUUCCAAACAUACGUGUUCUCUCAAUUUAUUUUCAUCCGAGCACAAACUUAUGUGAUCUUGCUUCGUUGAACGUUAUUACCUUGGUAUUUUAUUGGUGUGAUUAAAAAUGCCGAAAACUGCUGAAGAUAUAAUUUUGCAACUGUACGCUCGUACGCCGGCUCCAUGUCGAGACUAUUGCGGCCUGACAAUUACGCAAGAAGACGUGAUAAUAAACAUUUGGAACAUCACUUUUGGUCCACACGUGUAUCCGAAGCGUAUGAAGUGUCCCCUGAAAGAGCUGAACGAGCACAAAUCCAUAAAAGUGGAAAUUGAGCGCAUAUUUGGCAGACAUGUGCUUCACUACGCCGAUUCGUUGUCGAGGAACGAAAUGAAGCUAGAAAAUCUGACCUCAAAGGCGUUCUUAUCAGUUUUGAAUUAUCUUGCAGCUAAAGAUAUCUUAAAUUUAUCGCAAACGUCUAAAAUGAUGUUUGAACGUUGUAAGGAGGAUAAAAUUUUGGGAAUCCUAUUUAGAAUGGUUUUCAACAAUCAACCGAGCAACGACGACCUUCUUCGUGUAAAGCAAAACGGCUGGAAAUGUUUUUUGAAGGAGAAAACGAGCUUGAGUGCCAUGGAAAAUGCGUCUACGGUCAAUAAUAAAAAAGUGGAAAAUAAGUCAAGCGAAGUGAAAAGUUUUGCUAAUCGAACCGUUGCCAAGCCAUUCCAUCGUCGUGAAAAUAAAAGUGCUACCAAUCUAAGUGUUUAUAAUAGACAGCCGUCAAAAAGGUUGCCCCAUCAAGUGAAAAAUGAAUUACAAUUACGUGCCACCAAAUAUGCUGCCGUGAUCAAAUUGGAAAAUUCCAGAAAACUCAAGGGAAAUAAAGAUGCGGUGAACAGAUUUCAUUCAGCCGGGCAAUACUAAAUUAUUAUUAACAGCAGCUAUAGAAAUUAUAUACACGUGCCACAUUAAAAUUUAGUCGUGGAAUUGAAAAAAUAUUAAGUAUAUAAAUUAAUUACCAUUUCAUUUUUUCAA